AUGGCGACCGAACCGGACGAUCCCAAGAGCUUCUACGGCUAUUUGUUCAAGGAUGACAAGUCGCCGAACAAGGUCCUGGACGCUCUUCUUAGAGCUAUUGGCCAGCACAUUAUCAAUGAAAUCGGCGAUAAGACCUGCAAGUACUUAACGCCAAAGAAGCUUGCUGCCUUCUACAAGAAUGUUGGAGGCAAUUACGACGCGCUCUUCGUCGAAGUUCCCCACCAAUCUAUCUCGUACAUCUGGCAAGUGACAGGCUGCCAGCAUUCUCUCGAACCCUCUGAAGACAACUUUGCGGCGCCCUCCGUACCCGCCUUGACCCUCAGCGGCUUCGUCCGGUGGGAAUGCAUCGAGCUUCUUCUCGACCCGGCAGAACACGUACCCUUCCUGCAGUUCGCCGUCCGCAAAUGGGCCCUCAAGAACCCCGACGACGGCACUCCCUUCCCGACCGACCUUCCCAGAGAGGCCUUCCCCGCCGAGACGGACCCCGAGAUCGACCGCUGGCACCGCGAGUGCGCGACCAAGCUGCGCGCCGACAGCACCCCGAAGGAGGAAUCACCCAAGCCGGCCUUCCCCGAGCCGCGCGUCAAGAAUGCCUAUGUCCACGUCCACGCGCCCACAGCGGCCGCCUUCGCCGCAACUGCCGGCGUGUCCGCCGCCGCCGCAGCAGCAUCGGCGCGCCUGCGGCCCGAGGCCGACUACUUCUCCAGGAAGCCGGUCGGGGUCUCAUACACGCACGUCCCUAGCCGCUACCCACCGAGCCGCUCCGCCACCGCCGGGCUGUCGACGCGGUCGCCUGACCGGGAGCGGGACCGCGAUCGGCACCCGCGCCGCCACGGCAGCUCGUCCGACGAGCGCGGCCCCCGCCGCCGCAGCCUCGGCGAGUACCCCUCCCUGGCGCACAAACCCCCGAUAAGCGUGCACGUCUCCGGGUCCGCGCCGCACCUGGACCCCCAGCACGUGGCGGCGCAGCAGCCGCGGCGACACAGCCAGCCCAGGCACUACAGCAGCUCGUCCGAGAGCGGCGGCGGCGACCACGACGACGACGACGACGACCACCCCAGCCCGAGGUCCAAGCGGCGGGGCAGCCACCACCCACACUCUCCGCGGCCGGGGUCGGUCAGGAGGGUCUUCGUCCCGGUCGCGGGCGGGAACGGCAGCCGCCCCGUGGGCAUCAACGUGGUGCCGCCGCCGCCGCCGCCUGCGGCCCCGGUGCCCCCGCCCGCGGUGGCAGAGGCUGGGAGGGCGACAGGCAGCCGGGCGGACGAUCUGAGGAGGAAGAGCUUCCCGUCGCCGUUCGACCUCAAGGAGAGGCUCGCGGGGAUCCUGCCAGGGUUCGGUGGGAGCACGGAGAGGCAGCGGAGCGGGUCGGGCGGACGCAGGGGCGGGGAUAGGGGUAGGGACAAGGAUGGGGGGGCGCGGUAUCCGCGCGAGAACGUCCCGGGUUCGAGGCUCAGCCGGAGCUGGUCGAACGGGGAUGGAGAGUCGGAUUACAACGAUAGCGAGGAUGAUGUCGAGCGCAGCCGGCGACGGAGGAGGGAUCAUCGCGAUCGCGAUCGAACCCGCGACAAGGACAAGGAUCGGGAGCGGGAGAGGGAGCGGGAGCGGGAGAGGAGGGACCGAGACCGAGAUAGGGAGCGGGACCGGGGGCGCGAUAAGGAUCGCGACCGGCGGAGGGACCGCGAGUACACCGACGAUGACCUCUCACCCCGCAGCCGGAGGGGCGGUGGUGGUGGUGGCGGCGGCGGCUACCUCCAACGGCCCGAGAUGCCCCGCCGCCCGAGCAGCCAUGCGGAUAUCGACCGCCGGCGCGACCCUCCUGCGUGGGAUCGCGAUCGGGCUAGGGAGGAGAGGCUCAGGCGGGACGACCGUGACCGUGACCGUGCGGAUAGCCCUGCCGUGACGGGUGUGGGCGGGAGGAGGUAUCCCACCGAGGCGUGGGGCUAG